UGUCCCUUCACCCGCCGCCGCAAUCCCCAUCAAAUCCACAUCGGGAUCCAUCCCUCAUCCUUCCCUGUCCAAUGAAGCCGCUGCCAGCCUCAUCCUCCAUGGGGAUCCACCCCGACUCUCUUCCAACAAACCACCGCAGGAGCUCCUCCGACUCGCAACCUCGCGCCUCGCCGCCGACGACCACAUUCAGAACCCCAUCCAUGGUCGUGUCCUCGACGUGCGCGCCGUCACCUGUUCGUCCCCGAUGGAUCCGUGAAGCCGCCCGUACGGGACCUCGUCAGCCUCCUGCUCCUUCGCCGCGCCCGUUCCUGACCUCUACGACUAUCUCCAGCCUCACCUGGUUCAUCCCCGCAAAUCCCGCCGCUUCGAUCGAGCGACCGCAGCCUCGAGAGGAGCCCGAGAGCCUCCUCCUGCUCGACCCUGCCGCCUCGCUGCGGGCCUCCUCCAGCAUGGACCCCGUAGGAGCUCCGCAGCUAGCCGCCAUGACCACCGAUGGGAGAUGCCUCCCCUGCCUUGCUUGCGUCCGGAUCCAGACGCCUAGCUGGCCUGCGCCUCCCCGCCAUGCUCCCCGUCCUCCGCCCAAGUCCCUGCCGCUGCGCCGCCGUUGGUCAGGCCUCACCUCUGCUAUGCUCGAACAGGGAGGAGAACUCCUCUGCCUCUGUUCGCUCGGGCCGCCCGCGCGUUUACCGUGCCGCCUUGUCAAGCCGCCCCUUGGGCCAGAUCUACCGACUGGGCUUGGCCCAAUGUGAGCACCAAAUCCAGUCCUCCUCCUCUGUUGGCCCAGUCCAGCAGAUUCGACCCACUUCUAUUUUUUCCUAUCGGCGAUUUUGUCUUUUAUUCAGUGUUUUACAGUUUUACAGAAACCUCCCUGUUGUUCAUGCAUAUUUUAUCUCUCAACCUAUGCAUCAUAUUAAAACAAGUUAUAUAUGAAAGUUGCUUAGAAUUUUGUCUAGUUUAAUAAUUUGCAACUUUCAUCUAUGUUUAAA